ACGACGCAAAAAGACAAAUUGAGUGAUACCCAUAAAAAUACCGAAUUUUUUGGAAAAUCAAUUGAAAUUAUCCAACACAAAUCGAUUCUUUUGGAUUUUCAGGUCCUUGGGCUCUUCAGUCUUAUAUGAAAAAAUAAUCGCAAAUUGAACUCAGUCUAAGGGUUUUUAGCGAACUUUAGCGAAAAAGUGGUCAACUGCGGUGAUUUGCGUUAUUCCAUUUAUCGUUCAUUGGUGACUUUCGAUCUGGUUUCAAUAUGGGUAAAGUCGCCGAAAUCCUUACGAAUCGCUACCAUGAGCUUUUGGACUGGCGAGUAAAAAGUCCUCAUGUCCCUUUUAUUCAACGUGUACGCCAUUUCACUUGGAGUUGGUUUGCUAUAACAAUGGGUACUGGUGGUAUUGGCCUCAUUAUUGGUACGCUCCCUUUCCGAUUCUAUGGACUAAACACUAUUGGUAAAAUCGUUUAUAUCUUAGAUCUCGUUCUCUUGACUCUGUUUUGUUGCCUAAUGAUUACUCGCUUUCUCGUAUACCGUGAUACUUUUAUGGCUUCCUGGAGACAUUUCCAGGAAAAGUUCUUUAUAUCUACGUGUCUGUUAUCGUUUUCAAAUUGUAUUGACAUGCUUGCCGUCUAUGCUAAACCAUCCACAGGAGAAUGGAUGGUAUGGGUGAUUCGUAUUUUGUAUUAUAUUUAUAUCGCCGUUACCUUUUUAUACGGUUUAUUUGCUUAUUAUACCGUGUUUCGGGAUCAUGUAUACACCUUGGAAACUGCUGCCCCUGCAUGGGUUUUGCCUAUUUUCCCAUGCAUGAUUGGCGGUGUUGUUGCUGGUGCUGUUCUUGCAACCCAGCCGUCUCCUCAACUGAAAAACAUGGUCAUUUUCGGUAUCAUGUUUCAAGGUCUCGGUUUCUGGGUAUAUCUCAUGAUUUUCUCUGCCAUGCUGCUUCGGUUUUUCACAAUUGGCUUUCCAGCCGCGACCGAAAGACCGGCCAUGUUUAUUCUUACAGGUCCUCCUGGUUUCACAGGCUUAGCCUUAAUCAACAUGGCCCGUGGUGCCAUUGCUACUCGUCCAAACAUUUUCAUAGGUGCGAAUUCAUCAGAUGAUUUGGUGUUUAUUAGUACCUUUUUAGCCAUUUUCGUCUGGGGCCUCGGUGCUUGGGUCUGGUGUCUUUGCUUGGUUACUUUGGUCGCUGGUAUCUUUAGUCAUGCUCCGAUGAAAUUCAGUAACACUUGGUUUGCUCUGAUUUUCUCAAACGUCGGUUUUGUUAUCUUGACAUUCCGAAUUGGUGAAGAAAUUGAUUCCAAAGCAUUUACAUUGUUUGGUCACAUUAUUGCCGUUGCCCUGUGUAUCGUAUGGAUCAUCCUAAUGUACAUGAUGACUCGUGCUUUCCUUGUUAAUGACCUUAUGUACCCAGGGAAGGAUGAGGAUGCAAAGAAACCAUCUGAGACCAGAGCAAUCGCCGUAGAACCCGAAAGGUUUGGCAUUCCCAAGGAUCUCCCUGAGCAGGGACUCAACCUUGCAUCAGCAAAUCGACACGCUACAGAAAAUGAGAGAAAUAAGGAGGGUCCUACUGUCGCGAAUGCUCGCCAAUAAUUUACUCCUUCCCAUAGUUUCGAAAAAAAAAAAAGUCUAUUUAAACUGACAGAUUACUAUCUUUUUUACUAGUCUUUAUCCGGUUAUGUUUUGUGUGAUUACUAUACUCACUUACACUCCAUUUUUGGGUUUUCUAAAACAUUUAUAUAAACAACCUUGAAGUUAACACUUAUUUAUAUGCUUAUGAAAAAGCCAAGAAAUAAUUUGACAGAAAAAUAAGAUUCUUUUUCUAUUACGUAAAUUUAAAUAUUACAGCUGUG